AUGAUUCUUUCUUCAAUCGGAAAGGUAAAUUUGAUCGGUGUGUUAAUCUUUUUGUUGUCGUUGUUGUUGUUGGUGGUGGUUCAAUCCUCUGCGGCGGCGUUAAACGGUAACACCAUGAAGAUUCACCCUGCUCCGAGAAAGCGCAACAUCACAAUCCAAUUCGGAACCAACGGGAGCAACCCCGCGUCGGAGGCUCAGGCUUUGUUGGGAAUCUCCGGGAAGAAAUUACGGCGUCUCCCACACGUUUUCAGCCGCGUAUUGGAACUUCCGUUUCGGUCGGAUGCUGACGUGGCGAUUGAAGAGGCGCCUGAUUGUUUCCGGUUUGUGGUUGAGACGGAGGGAAUCGGUGAGGUGAGGACUCACACGGUGGAGAUCCAUCCCGGCGUGACGAAGAUCGUUGUGAGAGAUGGGGAGUCCUUGGAGUUGUCGCUUGAUCAGUUGGAGCUUGAUAUGUGGAGGUUUCGUUUGCCGGAUUCGACUUUGCCGGAGCUUGCUAGUGCGGUGUUUGUUGAUGGGGAGUUGAUUGUUACGGUGCCGAAGGGGCAUGAUCUGCAGAAUGUUGAAGGUGGUGAUAAUGAUAGAGGUAUGGGUGGUAGACUUGUGCUUGUACAGUGA